AUAUAUGAGUACCGCUUAUUUCUAAAAUACAUAUGUAGCGCCAACUUGGUUGCGGUCGCUACGCUCCGACCCGGCGCACCCGAACAUAUGCGCAAAGAAUUUCGCAGCAAGGCGAAACAACUGGCGCGUCUCAACGAUCCAAAUGUGGCGCAUUUACUAGGCGCUUGCCUGCGUGAUGAGCCCAUUUGCAUGGUAUUCGAUUACUCUGAAUGUUUGGGUGAUUUGAAUCAAUUCCUACAGGAGCAUGUAGCCGAAACGACGCACAGCCUACAGGCGGGUAUUAUGACGAAUAAGAGCUUAAGGUGA